AUCAUGUGACCGAGGGGAAAACUGACACUGAGGAAAUUGGAGUCUGCCUUUACGCUUGGAGGACAUUUCACAGAAACGAAACCCCUCAAAGUUCAACUUUAAAUAUGUUUCAGCUUCUUAAGCUCACCUUCAGCCUGUUGCCAUGGAUACCAGUCCUCCUGUGUAAGGUWGUCACGGAAAAGGAGUUCUCAGUCCUGGAGGGAGGCUCCCUCAUGAUCCCCUGCCACUACGAGCCUCAGUACGCCAGCCAUGUGAAAUACUGGUGCCAGGGGGGCACGAGGGAGUUCUGCACCUCGUUGGCUCGCACCGACGAUGCCCGCGCRAUGGACCCGGCGGAGGACAGGGUGAGCAUCUUCGAUGACCCGGGCCAGCGGGUCUUCACUGUGACCAUGAACGACCUGAAGGAACARGAGUCCGGGUGGUACAUGUGCGGGGUGGAGAUAGGCGGGGUGUGGAAAGCUGACGAYGUCACCUUCACCAACAUCAAAGUUGUUCAUGGACUCUCAGCUGUGGACAGCAGGAUGAGYGGAGUGGAGGGCAGCUCUGUCACGGUCCAAUGCCGCUACAGUGAGAGAUACAGAGAAAGUGAGAAGAAUUGGUGUCGGAGCGGAGACUCGAGAUCCUGCAAGACGACCAGUUCCGUGGGAAGCUACGAGGACUCCUCGGUGGCCAUCAGAGAUGACAGAACUGGGGCUUUCACUGUAACCUUUAAGAAGCUGCGGAUGACAGAUACUGCCUGGUACUGGUGUUCUGCAGGGGAGCAGAAUAUAUCUGUGUACCUGCUCGUCACUCCACGACCCACUACCACUGUGUCGACCAUCACACCUCCACUCACGGCAAGUGAGCCUGUCGAGCACCUGCCUCCACCCCAACACAUCAGUAAGGAGUCCUGGAAGAGCAACAGUCACAUGCUGGCUUCCGUGGUGGUGUGUUCCUCUGUCAUGUUCCUUGUGAUCAUGGCCUUCUUCUCAAGAAGGUUGUGGAAGAAGCACAAGAGCGAUCCAUCGCCAUCUGAAACAGAAAGGUUGAAUGCUAAAUUCAUUGGCAACUCAAAUGAUGUGGGUGACUUCCAGAAUUCGGCUAUCGUUUUCCUCAACAGGAGUUCCCAAGAUGUGUUUUGAGAUCCAUCAGAGUGAUGUUGAYUCUCUGUUAUUGAAUGUAAUUUUUGUCCUGAUCUACUGUGCAUCACAUGCAACAGAGUUCUUUUCUAUCACGUACCAUACCAUCAUUAAAACAGCAGUCUGCCCUCYUCACAGAAUACAAAUGAAACAAGUUCACACAAUUGUUCUGUCYCAGAAAAGAACACGGACAUCAGAGAAUGCUCUGUGUCGUGCUGUGAUCUGAGUUCCUUUUAUUUUAUGCAUGUUGUGUUUUUUUUUUCAUUCAGUCAGGCCAUUUAAUUAAACACAAGAUUUUUGUCCAGUUCCAUCAUUUUAUUCAAUAAAAGACUACUCAAAAACUCUA